AUGCCAUUCUUAUGGCAAACAUAUUUAGGCACACAUGAAUGUAAUCGAUCUAUCAUUGGACAAACCAUGACGUUCGCAUGUCCACAGAAUGUCAGUAAUCAAAUGCUUCGACUGUCCGAUUUAACUAGCGAUCAAUUGGAAAACAUUACUGUAUUCAUUGGACAAGGCUUACCAAAUCCCGUAAAUGCCAGUCAGUCACUACCAGGUCCAUUUACAUCCAUACCUCCAAAUAUUUGUAUGAUACCAAAUUUGAUAACAGUUAUUUUUGCAAAUAAUAAAAUUAACAGCGUCGAUCCAACAGGAUAUUUGAGUGAAUGCUUGUCAAGUUUAGUCACACUGGACCUUAGUUACAAUCAAAUCACUAUGUUUCCAUCAUAUUUGAUAUACAACACGCCGACUUUGAAAAAUCUUUACUUUCAACAUAAUAACCUUACGGAGGUACCAGCCAAUGCUUUUUAUGAUAUUUCAACAUUAGAGAUUAUCAAUUUUGCUUAUAAUCAACUAACAGCUGUUGAAUUGUGGAUUUUAGACGUAAAGACAAGUGCAGAUUUCAGCUACAACCAAAUCACUUCAAUUACCAAUAAAUAUCUUUACUCUUCGAUUACGACUCGAAGUAUGACAGGGAAAGUGUCGUUAACCGGCAAUGGGCCAACAAUAAACUUUACCGAUGUUGUCUAUGAAAUGUAUAAUCAAUGUGAAGAAGUUGUUCAAUGGUAUUUCGGAAAUAGUGAAGACCCACCCGAGCCUUAUUUUACUAAAAAACUCGGCUUUCUCGACUUUGGUACGACGGUAAUUGAUUGCAGUUGCGCUCAACUUUAUUUCUUGAAGCAAGCCACGCCUGUUCUAAGUGUUAGUACCACUUAUCCAAUACUGAAUACCAUUUGUUCCAAUAGCUCGCAGAACAAUACUUACACAAGACUCUUCAACUCUUCCUGUGCCAAUUCUUUAUUCGAUACGAUUUCCACUGCACCGUUUACUCAAACAUAUCCUCGAUUUUGCAGAAUAAACGAAAGUGACGAGAGUGCACUUACAGCUAAAACCAAUAUGUCAGCACCAUCAUUCAACGCGUCGACUUAUCCACAUUAUGCAACUGUCGAUAUGAAUCCUGGCACGUGUUUCUUUACUUUUACAAAUCUGACUACGGUGAAUAUUCAAUGUACCAACGAUACAUCCAACAACGCAUCUCGGAUACCUGCUGCAUUACUCUCAAACACAUCGAUGAGUAGCGUGACUCGUGUAACAUUCACGCCGGCUGCUUCGUCACUUCCGACUUAUCUCUGCUCCUUACCAUCUCGACAAAUUGAUUUAAGUUACCAAGCAUUUACAGCACUCAGCGACACAACAUUUCCAUGUCUCGACUACUUUACCAAAGUAUCGGUAUCACACAAUACGUUAACGUCUGUCAGCAUCUCAAACGGUAAUUUCAAAAACUUGACAUCAUUAGACUUGUCGUCAAAUAUGUUAACAAUGAUACCGUAUUCAGUUCUUACUCCAACACCGACUUCUUUGAAUUAUCUCGACCUACGAAAUAACUCCAUCACGUACCUUGAUUUUUUCAUUUAUACACGAAAAAAUAUAACAAUCAAUCUGGAUAAUAAUCCAAUAAAUGUCACGAAUAUUCUUAACCCGCAAAAUUCAACAUUGGCCAAUAAUACAAACUCAACAGCAACUAUUGUCCUUCCCGAAUCUGUGACAGACAGUACAGUUAUCAUUGAUGACACUACAGUGAUCGCAUACGGUUUAUGUAAUGACUUCCAAACAUUGAAUAGCAUACUCACCAGCCUUGAUUCAACUACUAACAUUCGACUCAAUUGUAAUUGCAGUUCAAUCAAUUUAAAGCAGUUAUACCUAGCCCAGGGAAUAAAUAUUACAGAUUUGUAUCCAUGUGCAAAUGAAGCGGAUACAGCUAGCUUUGGAAACUUAUCACUUGCCAGUUGCCCAAGUCGUGCCAGUUUUUCAAAUGGAUUAUGUUCUAACACGACUUCAACAAAUACCACUACGACGACAACAACAACAACAGUCACUGCUUCUAAUACCACAACUACCACCGCUGUUACAGAAGGUAACGCAACGACAACAACAACAGCAGCCGCCGCUUCUAAUACCACAACUACCACCGCUGUUACAGGAGGUAAUGCAACGACAACAACAACAACUUCAUCACCAUUUGGCUCGAGUGUUAAUCCGGGUAAUACAUCAUCUUCCAGCAAUGCAACGACAACAACAACAACAACUACCGCAUCAGUAUCCAAUACGAAUAGCACAGACGGCGGUUCCGGUCUUCAAUCUAGUAAUCAAAAUAACUCCGAUUCAAACCGCACUGGACUAAUUGUUGGCUUGGUGGUUGGAAUAGUUGGCUUUUUAAUACUAUUGGCUGCUCUGAUCGCUGCAAUUCUUCUGUACAGAUAUUGUCGAGGUGGUGGCGGCGGAACAGAAAAAAGACGUGUCAGCCGUACUACUGUUAAAGGCUCAACCAAAGGCGAUGGCCAAGCGCCUGGAGUGACUCCCACAGAUCGUUUUCAUUCAAGAAAUUCUCGAGGUGUAAAAUUAGCGCCGAUUUCUUCUACCUCAUCUCAGUUUCCAACAGGACCUGUUGGAACCGUCGUACCAAAUUCAACCAAUUUAACUGCUCCUGUUCACAAUCCAAUAGUGCGUGGGCCGGUAAGAGGCAUUCCACUUCGACCACUAGCUAGCACAAGUUCGAUAGGUUCACCCACGACAACUACGUUAGGCAACCCAGCACCACUUCAUCUUACGAGUAGUUCACCGAUGAGCCCAUCACCAUUUACUCAACCUCAUGCUCCAAGACCAAUACUACCACAUAUGCUCAAUACAGGUGGUAGUGGAUUCGCAUAA